UGGCUAUGGCAUUGCACGGAUAUAGACCCUGCUAUUGGUACCACCAGGCUCGGUGGAAACCCAUGGUGGGGGAAGGGCCCUGGAUCACAGUUAUACUCAACCAUGACGGAGGGGACGAGCUGAGGCUGAAGAUUAACGUGGAAGGGGCUAAGGAGGAGGAGAUGCGGAAUGACCCAAAACUGCAGGCCGCUAUUACUGAGGCGAAGGACCAGGCGGAGCGGCGCUGCAGAAGGGACGGGGUCAUAGCAAAAAUGCAAGUAACGGUCUCAUAUCAUGAGACCGAGACCUCGAUGGAUACGGCGGACUGGGAGCAGGCCCACCUGGAACGGGACUCAGGUGGGGAGAGCGAGAUGAGCGAGGCGAAGGAUCGGGAGACGGACCUCAGCUCCUGGAAUAGACCAGGAGAAGUCCAGAGAUACCACAAAGCCGCGAAGCCAGUGGAAGAGGGCCCAAUUGCAAGCUCGCGACAGCUGGUGCCCAGAGGUCGCGGGACGGGUGAGAAGCCGAGCAAGGGGAAAAGGCAGGUCUGAGAGAACACACGCGCGCGAGAGUGUGAACGGGAUUUGAACCCGAAA